GUAAAACAAUGUGCUCCUUUUAUUUUUAAAUUAUAUCCAGUAACGCAGCGCUGUAUAUCGACGAGAAAUUCAACAAAUUUAGUAAACAUACUCAGGUGAUAUGGCACAUUUGUACUGCAGGUCUUCCUCGUGACGAGCAUAUUUUCGUCGUGUGCUCAGGCUACUGAUUUUACUACUCUGUCGGUAUGUUCGAGGCGAGACUCAACCAAGCUGAUACAUGGAAAAAAGUGGUAGAUGCCAUCAAGGAUUUGGUUCAAGAGGCAACUUUGGAUUGCACAGAGAACGGAAUUAGCUUGCAGGCCAUGGACAACGCCCAUGUGAGCCUUGUUUCCCUUCUUCUCCGGAGCGAUGGCUUUGAAACUUACAGGUGCGACCGCAAUCUUUCCCUGGGUCUGAACAUCACGAGUACCUCUAAGAUACUUAAAUGCGCAAGUGGUAGCGAUGCCGUUACUCUUAAAGCCGGCGAUAAGGCAGACACCCUGACUUUCGUUUUUGAGUCGCGAAAUCAAGAGAAGGUGUCUGAUUUUGAAAUAAAACUCAUGGAUCUUGACGUGGACCACCUCGGUAUUCCCGAUACUAAUUACACGUGCGUCGUCAAAAUGCCGUCGUCCGAGUUGCAACGUAUAUGCCGGGAUUUGAGCCAAAUUGGUGACUCCGUAGUCAUAUCUGUGGCUAAAGACUGCGUAUCAUUCAGCUCGACCGGUGAUCUUGGGACGGGAAAUAUUAAGGUUUCCCAGUCUGCCAACGCUGACAAGCCUGAGGAGUCCGUUUCAAUAGUAACGAGCGAAGAUGUCAGUAUUACUUAUUCGCUGCACUAUUUCAAUAUAUUCACGAAGGCUACCCCGUUGUCUAGUCGGGUGGUUCUUUCUCUGACCGAAAAUGUACCUGCAGUUGUGGAAUUCACUAUCGAGGAUCUCGGCUACAUCCGUUACUACUUAGCUCCGAAGAUUGAAGACGAUGCCGACUAAAUGUUGCUAAGAUGCAUAGGCCUGUAUUGGCUGCAUUUAUUUUUUGUACAAGAGCUUCGAGUAUUGUAAUGUACAUUCCUCGUAAUA